UUUAUCUUCUGGAAGUUGGCAAUUCCAAUUCCGUCAAAAAAGUGUCAGCGUUCGUCAGCUGCGUGCAGUCCUCUCCACCGAUGUUUUCCGCCCACAAAAAUCUUCGUCGAUCCGAUCGAUCGAAGGGCUCCUUUUCCAGUUGCGAUUCUUCUCAGGUUCGCCGAUAAUUCUCUCCCCUGCAUCAAUUUCAGCAAUCAAGCUUUUCAUGUCGAUUCUGUAGGCAUUACCCAAGCUGCCCUGUUUUUCGAUCAUGGAGGAUUAUCGGCUCCAUCUCCGGGAGCCGAUUUUGUCUAAAGACAGGGCUCGUGAUUACCGUCAUCCUCUCCACAAGCUUACUGGCUUGCAAUGGUGGAUCUCGGUUGUUGUCAACAUACUUCUCCUCGUAGUCGGCCAAUCUGCGGGUGUCCUAUUGGGAAGGUAUUAUUACGACGAAGGUGGGAAUAGUAAAUGGAUGGCGUCGCUAGUCCAAACGGCUGCCUUCCCGAUUCUUUUCAUUCCUUACAUUUUUCUCCGUCCCUUCGACGAGCCUCCUAACUCUGGUUCUAGUUCGUCGUCGUCGUCGGUGCCGUCAGUUCUUAUACUCGGCACGAUUUACUUCAUCAUCGGUGCGCUCAUUGCCGGCGAUAACAUGAUGUACUCCUUUGCCCUGUCGAAUCUUUCUGCUUCGACGUAUUCGCUGAUUUGCGCCACGCAGUUGGCGUUUACUGCGAUUUUCUCCUUGUUCAUAAAUCGACAGAAAUUCACCGCUCUUAUCUUGAAUUCAGUAGUGGUUCUCUCAUUUGCUGCGGCGUUGCUCUCUGUGAACGAUGAUGACGAUUCGUCUGGUAAUGUUUUGAGUGUUUCCGAGAGGAAGUAUACCGUAGGGGUUGUUCUUGCCCUCGGAGCUUCUGCUCUGUAUGCGUUGCUGCUGUCGUUAAUGCAGCUGACGUUUGAGAAGGUGGUGAAGAAGGAAACAUUUACGGUUGUUCUUGAGAUGCAGAUUUACACGGCGAUUGUAGCGACGGUCGUUACAACUGCGGGGCUUUUCGUGAGCGGGGAAUGGAAGUCGAUUGCGGGUGAAAUGGAAGGUUUCGGUGCGGGGAAAGUUUCUUAUGUGAUGACUCUGGUGUGGAUUGCUGUUGCUUGGCAAUUGUGUUCCGUCGCCGUCGUCGGUUUGAUAUACGUAGUGUCGUCGCUGUUCUCGAAUGUUAUAAGUACAUUGUCGCUGGCUAUCACUCCUAUUGCGUCUUUGGUUGUGUUUCAUGACAGGAUGAACGGGGUGAAGAUUGUCGCUAUGCUGCUGGCGUUUUGGGGGUUCGCUUCGUAUGUUUACCAGAACUAUCUCGACGAUCGGGAAGCGAGGAAAAACGAUAGAGACGGGAGCUGACGAUGUGGGUUUUUAUCGAAUUUGCCACGCCGGAGCCAGGUUCGAUUUUUUCGACUUUUCGAUGUCAAGAAAUACUUUUUAUGAUUAUUUAGAUGAUUUGAGUCACCUGGGCUGGGAAAUUCUUUGAUGAUGGUGAGUGAUUUGUAUGUUUUAACUGCAGUUAUGUUCAUGAAUUAUGUGUCUAUUUAGGACAAUUUGUAUUGUUGAA